UGGCUGUUGCCGGGGAUGGAGCUAACGGUCCUGGAGGCGGGGGUGACGUUGGACUACAACUCCCAGAGGGCCGUGCGCGGCUGGGCAUUGGCGGCUAGCGGAAGACGGACGGACGGACGGUUGUGGAGCCGCCGCGCCGAUGUGAGGGCAGCCGUCGUUUGCACGGCCAUGUACGGGCUGAGGCGGGGAUGGGUGGCCUGUGGGGCGUGGGCCGCCCGCCUCAGCACGGUGGGCACCCGGUCGGCAGUGAAGGAGCGGCCGGCGGUCCCGGUCCGGGGCGGGGGCAGCGGCAGCGGCAGAGUGCUGGACAUGGGCAGCCUGAACCCGCAGGUCCGCGCCGCCGAGUACGCGGUCCGUGGGCCCAUCGUCAUUAAAGCCGCACAACUAGAGAGAGAGCUGCAACAGGGAACCCAGAAGCCCUUCAGAGAAAUAAUCAAAGCUAAUAUAGGUGAUGCUCAUGCGAUGGGACAGCAGCCAAUCACAUUUCUAAGACAGGUCGUUGCUCUUUGUACUUGUCCUGAACUGAUCGAGAGUCCCGAUUUUCCUGCUGAUGCUAAGGAGAGAGCACAGCGUAUUCUACAGGAUUGUGGAGGUUAUAGUAUAGGUUCCUACAGCGCAAGCCAAGGACUGCGUUGCAUCCGAGAAGAUAUUGCAAAGUAUGUGGAGUUAAGGGAUGGAGGAGUUCCUGCAGAUCCUGAUAAUAUUUACAUUACCACUGGAGCAAGUGAUGGGAUUACUUCUGUAUUGAAGCUUCUUAUGAAUGGCGAAGGCAGAAUGCGAACUGGGGUAAUGAUCCCAAUCCCACAAUAUCCCUUGUACUCUGCGGCCAUCUCGGAGCUGGGUGCUGUCCAAGUCAACUAUUACCUGGAUGAGGACAAUAACUGGGCUCUGAAUAAAAGUGAAUUGAGGCGAAGUCUGGACAAGGCCAGGGAAUAUUGCUUCCCAAAAGUUCUUUGCAUUAUUAACCCAGGAAACCCAACUGGCCAAGUGCAAAGCAAAAAAUGUAUUGAGGAUGUAAUUCGUUUUGCGUAUGAAGAAAAAUUAUUCCUUCUGGCUGAUGAGGUUUACCAGGAAAAUAUAUAUUCAGAAGGUUGUGAAUUCCACUCGUUCAAGAAAGUACUGUAUGAGAUGGGUGCUGAGUACUUCAAUACAGUGGAAUUGGCCUCUUUUCAUUCCACAUCCAAAGGGUAUACAGGAGAAUGUGGACUUAGGGGUGGCUAUAUGGAAGUUGUCAACAUGGACCUUGAGGUUAAGGCUCACUUUGAGAAGUUGCUCUCAGUUCGCCUGUGUCCUCCUGUUCCGGGGCAAGUAGCCAUGGAUGUGGUGGUCAACCCCCCAAUGCCAGGAGAGGAAUCCUACACAACAUUUCAAAUGGAGAAGACGAUAGUGUUGCAAAAUCUUGCUGAGAAAGCCAAGUUAUCGGAGGAAGUCUUGAAUACUAUUUCUGGAAUGCACUGCAACCCUUUGCAAGGGGCAAUGUAUGCAUUUCCAAGAAUUUUUAUUCCUCCCAAUGCUAUCAAAGAAGCACAGACCAGUGGAAUGGCUCCAGAUAUGUUUUACUGCAUGAAACUGUUGGAGGAGACCGGGAUCUGUGUGGUGCCUGGCAGCGGAUUUGGUCAAAAGGAAGGAACUCAUCAUUUCAGAAUGACUAUUCUUCUUCCAAUUGAGAAGCUGAAAGUGCUAUUGCAGAAUGUAAAGGACUUUCACACUAAAUUUCUUCAGAAAUAUGCAUGAACAUCAUUGCUAUAGUUUACUGGAGAAAUCCACAUCGACAUUAACCCAAUCUUCCGUCCCAUCAAAAGAUCAAAUUAAUGUUUACUAAAAUGAAAUGAAGAAACAAUUCCAUCAGCUAUUUGUCAGUUUGGCAUCGCGGAAACUGUUAUUUUGUACAAAUAUGCUGCAUUAUUUUUGAAAACACCUGUUUACAGUGAAACAAUACCGUUUGAACUUUUUUGUACCUUUGGUAAAGUUUUUAUAGAAUAAAUUAAUGUCAUCAUAUCGGGUGCUAACAUGUUGCACAGAUUCAAAACUCUAAUCUCAAAUAGCCAGACAUAUCUCCUGGUUUCAGGUAGUUAGUGACGCCCGAGAUUGUGCCUUGUGUAAUGGAUGCCAUAUUCCAUGUACUGUGGCCAUGCUCAUAAACAGAUUUGUAUACCCCGGCCUUAUGUAUACUAUUGAUUUCUCAGCAAAUUGAGCUACUGAAACCUAUCCGGAUUGACAGACAAUAUAUUAACUUGUAACACAGCCUGGCUCAUGGAUUUUACAAUAAUUGAUAACUUAUGACAAAGGGAAUAAUUUUGUCACUCGCCCAUUAAAGAACGACAUGUUUACAGUUUCAUUGUGCAGUUUGAGGGACAAGUGGCUAUCACGACAGACAUAAAGUGCGGGAGUAACUCAGCGGGUCAGGCAGUGUCCCGGGAGAACAUGGAAAGGUGACAUUUCGGAUUGGGCCCCCUCAUUCUGAAGAAGUCUCACGAUCUGAAAUGUCAGCUAUUCACGUUCUCCAGGGAUGCUGCCUGACCCGCUGAGAUAGGCCAGCAUACUGUGUCUUUGUUUUGUAAACUGGCAUCUACAGUUCUUUAUUUCUACUAGUUAUAACUACAGCUUGCUUUUAUAAAUUACGUAAUUCUGAAUUUAAUUUUAUUUUCUAUUCAUGGCCUUCCACAAAUUCAGAAGAACAAAAUAAAGAUUGCAUUUUCUUGCAG